CCGCCGCCGCGGUCCAUUGUCAGCGCACGUUCAUUGUGUCGUCGACCGUCACCGCAGCGACACGCACAUCAUCGCCACCGCAGCCGCCGCCGCCGUCAUUUGGCUCGACUAUGGACCCAGCGACGGUCGCGCUGAUAUUGUCUUUCUCGGCGCUCGCCGUUGCUGCCACUGGCAAACCGCCGAACGGCCGCGGCGCAUUCGGUUACCCGGACGACGAGCACGUGAUCAUCACUCAGUACGGACCGAUGCGGUACGAACCGAUCACCGCCGACCAGAUGAACAGACCGUACGACGGCGACGGGAAAUCCGCUUCGUCCGGCCGCGGCUAUUACAAGGCCGAGGUGAUACCGUUGGACAUGAACACCUGGAAGCCCGCGGCCGGCGCCGACGGCCGUUGGGUCGGCAGAUCGGCCGCCGGUGGCCGGACCGAUUCGUUCGACGUGCCGCUCCGGGUCGGAUAUUCGGUGCGGCCCGCGGCCCGACGACGCCGACACGAUUACUUGCAGUUGGCGGGUUAUCGGCCGCGACCGCAGCAACCGCAGUGGUUCCAUCAUCAGCCGGCCGUCCCACGCCGACGCAUCGACACCGAUCCUCUGGAGGUACCGAUCCGACCGCGGUUUUUUGAAGGCAGGGCACAGUUUGCCUGAAGUCCAACAUAAUGAAACCAAAUGAACUAUGAGCACCGUUUGUGGACAUAAUAUUUAGCGUCAUGUAUGUGUUAAUUCUAUGGAAAUAAAACUCUUUACUUAUUACUCGUUAUAUGCAGCAAAUAUUGUAUGAUACUUUAUUAUAAUAUUGCGAUUUUAUGUUGAUGCUCUGAUUUUUAUAUUAAAAGUGUUAUUUUGCAAUAAAUCGUAAUACUAAUGGAAUACCUACGUUUGACAAUGCAAACAAAAUAAACAAUUCCUUUAAGAACAUA